AUGACAGGAAUGCGGUGUCCAUAUGCUAUCCUGACAGCUUGCUCACAGUCGCAUGCAUUCGAAGAAAGGCGUUUUACAGUACCAAAUUCGGAAGAAGAGGCAAUAAAAAUUGGACGAUCAGUUGCACGAUUGAAACCCAGUUCGGAUAACGCUAUUUUUGAUUGCAAGGUGUUGUCAAGAAAUCAUGCAAUUUUAUGGCAUGAGGAAGGUUGUUUUCUUCUCAAAGAUACGAAAAGCAGUAAUGGGACAUUUGUCAAUAACGAUCGGCUAUCGAAAAGUGCGGAAGAAAGUUCUCCGCG